UAGUGGGUUUAAAUUGGCAUUGUUGCAAUCGAGAGCUUUUGUGUAUCAUUUUUGAUUUGUGUAUGUCGGAUUAUGUAUUUUUUACUUGGUUCACCCUUAGCCGAAUCGAUUAUUCGUCCUGCGUUUUUGCCUUUGAUUAUUCAUUUGAUGGGAUUUAUUUCAUGCCACCAAAACAGUGAUUAAAAAAAUUGGGGAACUGGUAACGUUGAGCACUUCUCAUUCUGGACUACUAAUAGACCAUGCAAAUCGAACACAACCUAUUGCCUAGAGGCUUAAACUGGAUUUGUUUCAUGUAGGAAACAAAACAGUGAAAUUUCCAUGCUGUUUUCAAGCAUUUCAAAUUGAUUUUUCAAGGUACAGGUUCAAGAUUUCCCAUUUUUAUUUUCACUACACCAACCGCCACCAAAUGUUGCUCCUUGUACCGACCCUUUUAAUAGUUUUUAUCACCCAAGAGGUGUUAUCCACGGAUUACUGCGACAAGGAUCUGUGCCAACCGGAGAUAACGCAUAUCGCUUGUCAUAAUUACGGGGACUUUGAUGAGACCUGUGGCAGUGGAGCGAUCAUCAUGAAGUUUCCCAUGCAUUUGCGUGCCCAUCUACUGGCCGUUCUGAAUGACUUCCGUAAUACAGUGGCUCUGGGACAGUAUCCAUCCUUCAGUCCGGCUGCCCGGAUGGCGACUCUUCGUUGGCACGAGGAACUGGCCGGAUUGGCCAAGUUUGCCUUGCGUCGUUGUGAGAAUAUGGACGAUUACUGCAGCAACACGGAUGAGUUCAGAUAUGUGUCCUAUAUCUACGGUAGUACCAAGUGGUUGCACCAGGAGAAAACCCCGAAAUCCAUUAUGGAAUUUGUGCUGCAAUUUUGGAUGGAUGAUAUCAAGACCUGCACGAUGGCCCACAUUAAUGCCGAGAAACCCCCCAAGGACAGGCACUGUCGCGGCUACUUCACCCAACUGGUCCAAGACCUGGCUGCCCACGUCGGCUGUGCCAUGAUGAUGCGAAGGAGCCAAACCAGCGGACUCUAUCAGUACGGAGUCCUUUGCCAUUUUUCCCGCGGGAAGAUCGCCAAUGAGCUUGUCUACCGCGAGAGUGCGCACCCGGGAAGUCGCUGCUAUGCGGGAACCCACUCCAUAUAUCAAGGGCUCUGUUCGCCCGAGGAGCAUGUCAAUCCCAAUGCCCUACAAUUAGGCGAGCUUAAUUAAGUUGGUCAUGCGGAGUCUAAUAAA